UUGGAAGAAUAUCGAGUGACGUCUGAAGAAACUCAACUCUGGCCGGAGAAGUGAGCCGAGGAGGGCGGAAAACUGUCUUCCCGAUCGUUGUAUUGUUGGCUUAUUCCAUGGAAUGUUUAAUGACGCCAUCUAUCGGGAAAUCCCCGAACCGGGAGAGGAAGGGGGCUGCCCAAGACAGCAGAUGGGGCGCUGAUGAUAACCAACACGGGUUACAGGAAAGUUUGACCUAGAUCGGAAGAGUCUCCCUGGCUGAUUCUCCACGUCUCUCUAGGCUUCCCGUCCCUGCCUCUCGUGGGUGCUUAUGGAGCCAGUUGCUUCUCUGCAUUUCUCCUUGCCACGCUCCCUUCUCUUCUUCCACCUCCUCAACUUGUUUGCAGCGGUCUCAGUCCAAUUUACUGUCCUGGGACCAGCUGAUCCAAUCCUGGCCAUGGUGGGAGAAGACACCAAGUUACACUGCCACCUGUCACCUGAGAAAAACGCUGAGGGCAUGGAGGUGCGAUGGUUCCGGACGCAGUUCUCCCCUGCAGUGUUCGUGUACAAGGGCCAGCGAGAGAGAACGGAGGAGCAGAUGGAGGAGUACCGGGGAAGAACAACCUUUGUGAGCGAAGCUAUCAGCAAAGGGAGCGUGGGGCUGAUCAUACACAACGUCACAGCCCGCGAAAACGGCAUCUACCGCUGUUAUUUCCAAGAAGGCAGAUCCUACGACGAGGCCAUCAUGCACCUGAUGGUGGCAGGCGUGGGUUCUAAGCCUGUUAUUGAAAUGACGGGCCACGAGGAUGGAGGCAUCCGGCUGGAAUGUACAUCUGUAGGGUGGUACCCAGAGCCCCGUGCCGUGUGGAGAGACCCUUAUGGCGAGAUCAUGCCCCCCCUGGAGGAGGCUUACACUACGAACGCAGAUGGCCUCUUCAUGGUCACCAUGGCUGUGAUCAUCUGGGACCAGUCUGUGAGAAACGUGACCUGCUCCGUCAACAAUACCCUGCUCAACCAGGAGAAGGAAACUGUGAUUUUCAUUCCAGAAUCCUUUAUUCCCAGCACAUCUCCCUGGAUGGUGGCCCUGACUGUCAUUCUGCCUUCUCUGCUCGUCCUCAUCGCUGGGACCAUCUGUCUCAUCAAGAAACUCCAAAUGGAAAAAAAGAUUCUGUCCAUGCAAAUAGAGGUUGAAAAUGAAGAGAAAGAAAUUGCACGUAAGGAACUGGGGAAAGAACGUGUGGAAAAAGAGAAAGAACGUCAAAUAAAAGAGCAACUUCACGAAGAACUGCGAUGGAGAAGAAGCCUCUUGCAUGCGGCUGAUGUGGUCCUGGACCCAGACACCGCUCAUCCCGAGCUCUUCCUGUCAGAGGACCGGAGAAGUGUGAGACGGGGUCCCUCCAGGCAGAGCAUGCCUGACAACCCAGAGAGAUUUAACUGUCAGCCUUGUGUCCUGGGCCUAGAGAACUACUCCUCAGGGAGACACUACUGGGAGGUGGAGGUCGAAAACGUGAUGGUUUGGGCUGUGGGUGUUUGUAGAGACAGUGUUGAGAGGAAAGGGGAAGCCCUACUGGUUCCUCAGAACGGCUUCUGGACCCUGGAGAUGUUUGAGAACAAGUACCGCGCCCUGUCCUCCCCGGAGAAGAUUCUCCCCCUGAAAGAGCGCCUUCGCCGGCGUUUACAGGGGCGCAGGGGGUCACAGUGCCUGAGGGCGGCCUGGUCCUUCACAGGGCAGAGACCCACCGCAGCCUCCAGGACCAAUUCCCCCGUCUCAGAGCCAAGUAGAGAACCCAGGCCACCUCUACUACCACAGCACAGCACCCCCUGGAGGAAAACCACCCUCCUUCCUUCUGGUCACGGAAGAGAAUCUCCUCCAGAGGUCCCCUGGACACCUCCUCAAGCCCCAGCCCCAUCUCUCCUUCAUUAGGCUAUUGCUUUAGUAACCCAUUUGCACGUAACGAUGGGGCAGGGGCCAGUCUCAGGAACACGAGUGCUGCCACAUGGCUCCCAACCAAGAAGUGUGAGAAAGUGACAGGCAGAAAACCGGUUGCUUUAACGUCAGAGUGACACAUUCAGCCUGAGACUGGAAUUGACAUCAGAUACUGUGGAUUUGGGGCGAGGAUGCACUAGGAUGUAAGAGGGGAGUGGGAACCACAGAUGGAAGUCAGAGAUAGAGGAAGUGAGACCUGAGAGGUGGGCCGAGGCUAUGGAUGUGGUUAAGCCCCACCAUUACAGCUAAGGGGUCCCAGGAGCUGAUGGUCCAUUUCCAACCCACCCCCAAGAUUUCCAGGGCAUACAGUAAACCUCCCCAGGCCUAGAUCCGUAUGAGGGAGGACGAAGGAUGAGGAUACUUCUGGAUGUGGCCUGGCUCAGGUGUCCCUACAAUAAACAAGGUGUCAGUACUUAGUUAUUGAGAGUGGCCUAAGGUUUAAGGUCCCAGCUGAGCAGGUAAGCAUUGGACCAAGUGCAUCUCAAGGUUCAGGUUCAGUGGGGAGAGCAGUGCUUUCCUGCUUUUUGGCCUCAGGAUGCCUUUAGACACUUAAAAAUUACUGAGGACCCUAAAGAGCUUUUGCUCAUUUGGGUUAUAUAUCUAUCAAUAUUUGUGGCAUUAGAGAUUGGAACUGAGAAAUGUUUAAAAUGUAUUUAUUUAUUAAUUUAUAUUAAAAAUAGCAACAAGCCAAUUAUAGGUUAAUAUAAAAAAAAUUUCAUGAAAAAUAACUGUCUGUUGUUUCCAAUGCAAAAUAAAGUUUAUUGAGAAGUGUGGUAUUUCUUUUGCAAAUCUAAUGUCUGGCUUCUCUAAGGUGGCUAGAUCCUCACAUCUGCCUCUGUAUUCAGUGCUGGGAUAUCACAGGUCAUGUAGGCUCUAAAAAAUGUAACUGUACACUAGUGAGAGAGUGAGAGCAAAAAUGAAAAAUAAUAUCUUAGUAUCAUUAUUAUGGAAUAGUAUUAAUCUUGUAGACUCUUUGCAAGUAUUACAGGGACCACCCAGAAAUC